AAAUGAUACAGCAUGUUAGACAGUGGUAAGCACCACAGAGAAAAAUGACCCAGUACACAUCUCAGUGAGGCCAAGUGAGGCCCACAAAGCCAACCGUGCAUGGAAAAUGCCACCCAUGGGGUACUGCUUCCAGGCGCAUUUCUGGCCUCAGUGAGCAGGAUAUCAAGUGCAGUUUCCAGGUGGAGAAACCUCCUGGAAAUGAGGUGAUCCUCAUUCAGGAUCACCUGGCAAGCGGCUUGGGCCAGUGUUCCAUUGUCACAGCCACCAAAACUUAGAGCCAACUCCAAAACACACGCCUCAGAGGCCUAUGUCCAGCCAUCUGUUUGUCCUGGGAUGGGGUGGUCCCUCCCCAGCCUCCCACUCACUGGCUUCUGUUCCCACUCUGACUCGUCACACUUUCUUGAAGCAUGAAGGAGGAGAGACAGGGUUCUCCUACAGCCAAGGAAGUGACGCUGAGGCCCCAGGCCUCUCACUGGCACGGAGCCCCUCCCAAGACCCUGUACCUAAUUUUGUAUUUAUGAUUUCAUAUUCCUUUUCCUAAAGAGCCCCACCUCCACACAUAAGCUCCAAAGCUCCAUAAUACUUGGUUCUGCCCCUGGGGGGGAGAUAAACAACAAACAGCAAACAAACAUAUAAUUGCAAAUGUGUAAAAUUAUAGGAAGAAGAAUUUAAGAUAGUAAUGAUGGAGGUAUCAUUACUUAGAUGAGGAGGAGCAGUUAGGGGGUGCCUCUUCCGGGAAAUGACCAGCUGAGACCUGAAGGGUGAGAGAGCUGGCCAGGCCAGGAGCAUGUGGAACGACAUAGGUGAAGUGUCUCUCUGAGCCUUAGAUCCCCAUGUGUGAGGUGGAGGUGACAGUCACAGUAGGAUGAGCUGUGAAGGGUAAGUGGCAGGUAUAGAGUGCCCGAUAUGGAAUACCACACAGUAGGACCUGUGGCUCAGACCCCUAGCUGAGCUUGGCACUGCCCUUAAUUGACUUUUGUCCUCCCAGGAGGGACAGGAAGGGCUGGUUACCCUCUCACUCCCCCCAACAGCUGGGGCCGCCUGUGCCAGGGCCAGCCUGGGGGGCGGGAGCUGAGAUCACUGGGCCUGAAUCCACCCUGGGGAGAGGGAAGGCAGCCUGGCUGGGGGAGAGGGGACAGUUUGUUCAGGACUUGGGGUAAGACUCCUGGGUCCUAAGGGAGAUGGGGAUAGGAGGCCCAGCGGCCUCAGUUUUUAAUUGUUGACGAAGCUGGGGAUCCCUCCCUGGAUCAGAGAUGGUGGGGCUGGAGGCCCAGAUUUCUGGGCUCUAAGGCAGAGGAGCCUGGGACAAGGACUCCAGCUGAGCUGGGGCUGGGAGCGUGCAGAGGGGGCAGGGAGCCGGGCCCUGUUCUCUGUUUACAGCACGUGGUGCUUACUGUCCUUUCUGGGCUGGAGGUGGAGCGGGUGGCCAUCCCCUGGGCAGGCUGGGCCCCUCCCCCGUUUUAUCACCCGAGCUGCUACUGGUGCUAGCCACAGUCCAGCAGUCCCAGCCCAGGAGCUCAGAAGAGGUCUGGGAGGGCCUCGCGGCUCACACACAGCAUGGAUCUGCGCACAAUGACCCAGUCACUGGUGACUCUGGCAGAGGACAACAUGGCCUUCUUCUCGAGCCAGGGCCCUGGGGAGACAGCAAGGCGGCUGUCAGGCGUCUUUGAGGGUGUUCGGGAACAGGCGCUGGGGCUGGAGCCACUCCUGGGCCGCCUGCUAGGCGUGGCGCACCUCUUUGACCUGGAUGCAGAGACUCCUGCCAAUGGGUACCGCAGCCUGGUGCACACAGCCCGCUGCUGCCUGGCACACCUGCUGCACAAAUCCCGCUAUGUGGCUGCCAACCGCCGCAGCAUCUUCUUCCGCACCAGCCACAACCUGGCUGAACUCGAGGCCUACCUGGCUGCCCUCACCCAGCUCCGUGCUCUGGCCUACUAUGCCCAGCACCUGCUGGCCGCCAACCAGCCAGGAGGGCUCUUCUUCGAGGGAGAUGAGGGGCUCACUGCUGACUUCCUGCGUGAGUACGUCACUCUGCACAAGGGCUGCUUCUAUGGCCGCUGCCUGGGCUUCCAGUUCACACCCGCCAUCCGGCCGUUCCUGCAGACCAUCUCCAUUGGGCUGGUGUCCUUCGGGGAACACUACAAACGCAAUGAAACGGGCCUCGGUGUGACCGCCAGCUCCCUGUUCACCAGUGGCCGCUUUGCCAUCGAUCCAGAGCUGCGUGGGACCGAGUUUGAACGGAUCAUACAGAACCUAGACGUGCACUUCUGGAAAGCUUUCUGGAAUAUCACUGAGAUUGAGGUGUUAUCGUCUCUAGCAAACAUGGCAUCAGCCACUGUGAGGGUGAGCCGCCUGCUCAGCCUGCCACCCAAGGCCUUUGAAAUGCCACUGACUGCUGACCCCAAGCUCAUGGUCACCAUCUCACCCCCGCUGGCCCACACAGGCCCCGGGCCCAUCCUCGUCAGGCUCAUCUCCUAUGACCUGCGUGAAGGACAGAACAGCGAGGAGCUCAGCAGCCUGGUGAAGUCCGAGGGUCCGUGGAGCCUGGAGCUUCGGCCACGGCCCCAGCAGGCACCCCGCUCACCUUCCCUGAUAGUGCAUAUCCACGGUGGCGGCUUUGUGGCCCAGACCUCCAAGUCCCAUGAGCCCUACCUCAAGAGCUGGGCCCAGGAGCUGGGUGUCCCCAUCCUCUCCAUCGACUACUCCCUGGCCCCCGAGGCCCCCUUCCCCCGCGCGCUGGAGGAGUGUUUCUACGCCUACUGCUGGGCCAUCAAGCACUGCGCCUUCCUGGGCUCAACUGGGGAGCGGAUAUGCCUCGCAGGGGACAGCGCAGGUGGGAACCUCUGCUUCACUGUGUCCCUUCGGGCAGCAGCCUACGGGGUGCGGGUGCCCGAUGGCAUCAUGGCAGCUUACCCGGCCACAAUGCUGCAGCCUACAGUCUCCCCCUCCCGCCUUCUGAGCCUCAUGGACCCGCUGCUGCCCCUCAGCGUGCUCUCCAAGUGUGUCAGUGCCUAUGCUGGUGGGGAGACAGAGGACGACUCCGACUCCAAUCAGAAGGCACUGGGCAUGAUGGGGCUGGUGCGGCGGGACACAGCCGCCCUCUUGCGAGACCUCCGCCUGGGAGCCUCCUCAUGGCUCAACUCCUUCCUGGAGCUGAGUAGGCAGAAGUCCCAAACAAACUCAGUGCCUGUGGCAGAGCCAAUGCGACGCAGCGUGUCAGAGGCAGCGCUGGCCCAGCCUGAGACCCCACUGGGCACCGACUCCCUUAAGAACCUGACCCUGCAUGACCUGAGCCUAAGGGGCAGCUCCAAGACAACUGACACCCCAGAGUUGUCACUGUCUGGGGAGACACUUGGCCCCUCCACGCCCUCUGACGUCAGCUUCUUACUGCGGUCUGAGGAUGCAUCUGAGGAGGCUGAGGUCCGAGGUGAGCAGAGCACCAAGGACAAAGCCCAUGGCGGGGGUAUCGCCUUUCCUGAAGGCUUCCACCCAAGGCGAUCGAGCCAGGGUGCCAUGCGGAUGCCCCUCUACUCAUCACCCAUCUCCAAGAAUCCCUUUAUGUCACCGCUGCUGGCACCUGACAGCAUGCUGCAGAGCCUGCCGCCCGUGCACAUCGUGGCGUGCGCGCUGGACCCCAUGCUGGACGACUCGGUCAUGUUCGCGCGGCGGCUCCGCAGCCUGGACAAGCGCGUGACGCUGCGCGUGGUGGAGGACCUGCCGCAUGGCUUCCUGAGCCUGGCGGCGCUGUGCCGGGAGACGCGGCAGGCCGCCGCUCUGUGCGUGGAGCGCAUCCGCCUGAUCCUCACUCCACCCGGCACCGCCGCGCCCGCCCCGCCCCCGAUCUGA